AUGUAUAGGAGUCGGAAUAGAAACAGGCAAGGUGGGCCUAACUCCAUCAAGGGCCCCAGCUCUGCUUUGACUCAAUUUUUGAAAGAAGAAGGUAUUAGUGCAGAAGCAAUCAGGAAUCGAUGGUUGCAGAGGCAGGUUAAGGGUGGCGAUAAAAAAGAAGGAUCACCAGAUGAAGACAAGGACACAGCAUUCACAACAAAUAACGAUGAAGAAGUUAAGAAGGACUACGAUUCUGAAUCCACUUUAUCAGAUGAACCUAGACUGAAACGAGAGGCACUUGAAGCGAAUAUAGUCAGUGAUGAGGAAGAUGAAGAGGAUGUUGAAUACAAGGAGAUCACCCCAGCUAAGGAUGAAAGCGUCAGCUAUGAAGAAAGGAUGAAGCGCUUCAAUCAAGACAGUGAUGAGGAAGAGUACGAUGAAAGUGCUUCGGCUUCUAUCGAACCCCUAGUUUUACCAGAAAAGAAAGUUGAUAAAGCAACAAUUGAAAAGAAAGCAAGGACAGUUAUUCAAAAUAGAAGGAAAAAGCAAAGGAGGGCUGCAAAUUUGCUGGAUAGAAAAUCAAACGCUGUAUUAAGCUUACAAGCUUUAUGCAUAGCAAAGAUCAGUCAGAAUAUCUACAAAUGGCAAAAAGACUCGGAAGAGAAUAGAAACAAUGAUCACAAUGUGAUGUUUAGUCAUUUACGUGAGGUGCUUGGUGGUGUCUCAACUGAAAAUUUGAACAACUUAGCCAAUGCCCUGUCAAAAAACCGAGCAUUGAAUGACCAAACACUACAGCUUUUCCUUAAGACAGAUCUUGAAGCAUUGACUUUUCAUGAUUGCUCCAAAGUUUCUUUUGAUGGUUAUAAGACCUUAGCAAUAUUUACCCCUCAUAUCAAGAAACUUUCAUUGCAUAUGUGUGGCCAAUUGAACAAUGAGAGUCUCUUGUACAUAGCAGAGAAGUUACGUAAUUUAACUUCUCUUUACCUAGACGGUCCAUUCCUAAUAAAUGAAAAGACAUGGGUUCAAUUUUUUGAAAUAAUGAAAGGUAGAUUGGAAGAAUUCCACGUUUCCAAUACACACAGAUUUACGGAUAAGUCACUUGCAAGUCUAUUAAUUAACUGCGGAUCAUCUCUGAAAGCUUUGGGUCUUUCAAGACUUGAUGGAUUAUUCAAUUAUGCUCUAAUCCCUCAAUAUUUAUGUAACGAGGAAUUUCACUCUUUAGAAUUGGGCUAUCCCUACAAUGAUGAAGAUAUUACCGAUGAAGUUGUGAUAAACAUUCUAGGUCAAAUUGGGCACUCGCUAAAAAGGCUGGUUCUUUGUGGCUGCUCAGAUUUAAGUGAUUCCGUCAUAAUAAAUGGCAUUGGGGCAUUUAUUGGGGAAAAUAAUCGGUUAGAAGAAAUUGGCUUAGAGGAACUUGAUCAGAUCAGCAACGACUCUCUACUAUAUUUAUUCAGUCAAAUUCAAUUUCCUAAUUUGAGGGUAUGCAGUUUCAGAAGAUCUAUACAAAUAGGGGAUGAUACUAUAAUGGAAUUAUUUCAGAAUGCAGCUGUGAACACCCUAGAAAUACUAAAUCUUAACUCGUUAAACAGCCUCACAAAGGAGUCUCUCUUGUUACUCAGUUGUCCACACCUGAAACAUUUAGACGUAGCAUUUGUGCGAGCUGUUGAUGAUGAAGUAGUAGGUAGACUAGGCAAGCAAAACCCAAAAUUGUCACUCAUGGAAGUAUUUGGUGAUCCACUUGUAACCGAGAAAGCCAAAAUCAGACCCGGAAUCACACUAACUGGCCGUCAAAGCGAUAGCAUAUAG